GUCCACCUUCUAGCAUGGUGUAUCGACAUUGUUCGUACGGUUAAUCGGCGACUCUCUUCCUCGAUUCCGUCGUGCUUGAGUAUAUCAGACAACGUCAAUCGCUCUUCGCUACUCUAGCCAUUGAGCGGCCUCGUACCCUUUCAGUCACAUCAACAUCGUCUCCGCACCUGAUAUUCUUGAAUCCCAAAAGCAAGUGCAGACGAAGAGGCAGGAACACAUCACUUUGUUUUCGCCGUCAUGGCGAACUCGACGGAGCCGCAAAGCAUUGUCGGUCUCUUGCUCCAACCACACAUCCUGCCAUUCUUCCUCAUUGCCGCCAUAUACACGGCCAUCAAGAUCAUUGACAGGACCAAUGUCCCCAGAAUCAAAGGACUACCCGAGGUGCCCGGAGUUCCCAUUGUCGGCAACCUGGCACAACUUGGAGACAAUCAUGCCGUUAACGCGAUGAAGAUGGCCAAAAAGCAUGGUCCAGUGUUCCAAGUUCGUCUGGGAAACCGCAGAGUGGUCUUCGCCAAUACAUUCGACAGUGUCAAGAACCUUUGGAUCACGAACCAAUCCGCCUUGAUCAGCAGACCGACAUUGCACACCUUCCACACCGUGGUCAGUUCCAGUGAAGGUUUCACAAUCGGAACUAGCCCUUGGGACGAGAGUUGCAAGGCAAGACGAAAGGCAGCUGCAACAGCAUUGAACAGACCAGCAGUGGCGAGCUACAUGCCCAUUCUUGAUUACGAAUCGACCAAGUCCAUCAAAGAGAUGGCACAUGACUCCGAUUACGGCCAGCGCGAUGUCGACAUCAACUUGUACUUUUCCCGCUUCGCGCUCUCUACAUCAUUGACUCUCAACUAUGGCUACAAAAUUGAAGGCAACAUCGAUGACGAGCUGCUCAAAGAGAUCGUCCACGUCGAGCGUGAGAUCAGCAAAUUUCGAAGCACAGCCACGAAUUGGGCAGACUACAUCCCUCUCAUGCGACUUCUACCAGGUGGCAACGACAAACCUCUCGAGUACAAGGCUCGCAGGGCGAAGUAUAUGUACAAGCUGCUCAACGGAUUAAAAGAACGCAUGGCGCAAGGCAAAGACAAACCAUGCAUUAGUGGCCACGUCCUCAAGGACCCCGAGGCCAAACUCAGCGAAGCAGAGGUCAUGUCCAUCGGCCUCAGCAUGGUCUCUGCCGGUCUUGACACAGUACCAGGCAAUCUCAUCAUGGGCGUCGCAUACCUCUCCUCUCCCCACGGCCAAGAAAUCCAAAAGCGUGCAUACGAAGAGAUCCAAGCCCAAUACCCCAACAACGAUGCCUGGGAACGCUGCCUUGUUGAAGAAAAAUGCGAAUUCAUCACAGCCCUCGUCAAAGAAACCCUCCGGUUCUGGUCCGUGAUCCCCAUCUGCCUACCCCGACGCAGCGUCAAAGACGUCAAAUGGGGCAACGCCACGAUCCCCGCAGGCACAGAUUUCUACAUGAACGCCUACGCCGCACACUACGAUGACACACACUUCAAAGAUCCAUAUACAUUCAACCCCGAUCGCUACCUCACAGAUAAAACCAUCGAUGACGCCUCUGCAACGCGAGGGACUCCUCAUUACGGUUAUGGCGCUGGUUCAAGAAUGUGCAUUGGAACACAUUUGGCGAAUCGGGAAUUGUACACUGCCUUUUUGAAGAUUAUUGUCGCGUUUGAAGUUGUGGAAGCGAAAGAUCCCAAGGAUCGGCCAAUCCUCGACGCCAUGGAGUGCAAUAAGCUGCCGAACGGCUUGACGAUGGAUCCCAAGCCUUUCAAGAUUGGACUUCGACCACGCAAUCGUCAGAUGCUAGACAAAUGGAUCGCAGAGUCAGAGGAAAGAACAAAAGAACUGUAA